UGGCAUGAAAUGCCGGAAGUGUGUACGACAGCAAGCUAAGCUAACAGGCUAACUAACCGGAGCGAGCUGAGUGCGUGAAGCUCGAGAGCGGCGACUUUCUGUGCGGUUGUCUGCGGGAUUCUGUGCGGUUGUCUGCGGGAUUCUGUGCGGUUGUCUGCGGGAUUCUGUGCGGUGUGUUUCCUGUUCAGGAGUCAGGAUGAGUCUGCAGUGGACGGCAGUGGCCACCUUCCUGUACGCAGAGGUCUUCUUCGUCCUGCUGCUCUGCAUCCCCUUCAUCUCACCUAAGAGGUGGAAUAAGAUCUUCAAAUCCCGGAUCAUCCAGACCAUCGCUCUCUAUGGAAACACUUCAUUCAUGGUGGCCAUCGCCAUCCUCGUGUUCCUGCUCAUCGAUGCUUUCCGCGAGGUGAGGAAGUACAGCGUGACGGAGAAAGUGGAUCUGACCAACAACCCGACGGCCAUCGAACACAUCCACAUGAAACUGUUCAGAGCUCAGAGGAACGAAUACAUCGCAGGCUUCGCUCUGCUGCUCUGCCUGUUGCUGCGUCGUCUCGCCACUCUGCUCUCCCAGCAGGCCUCACUCAUGGCCUCCAACGAAGCCUUCAAGAAGCAGGCGGAGGGCGCCAGCACCGCCGCCAAGAAAUACAUGGAGGAGAACGAGCUGCUGCAAGAGAAACUCCGUGACGCCGGUGUCGAGGUGCCAGAGGCCGGGAAGAAGGGAGCCGGACCGCAGGAGGAGAACAAGAAUCUGAAAGAGGAGGUGAAGACUCUGAAGGAGGAGCUGGACACCACCAAGAAAGCUCUGCAGAAGUCCGACAGUGACGUUCGUGCGAUGAAGAAACAGGCGGAGAAUCUGACGGUGGAGUACGACAGACUGCUGGAGGAGCACAGCAAACUGCUGGCCACCAGCGACAAGAAAUCCGACUAAGAAUGACGAAGACUGUUUCCAGCUCAUCUCCAUCUUCUUCAUCUUUUUCAUCUUUCCCGUCCCGCUCGGCGACGGCGAUGUCACUUCCUCUCUUUCAGAUUAGCCGACCUCACCGGGCUGCGAUUGGUUUAUUUCAUGUGGUUUAAAAAUGUCCGACCGUUGGAGCUUCAUCGGGAGGAAACUGUCAACUGAGGAGGUUUCUGUUCUCUGAUCUGAUCAUUCCCCGUUUACUGAACCUGGACCUCGGUCCUGGUUCCUGCAGCAACAGAUUCAUUCCAAAAUCAGAGGUCCAAUGUCCUUUAAGACUCCCGCACAUUAUUGCACAUUGUGGAUUCGGAUCGGUUAAAAACGUCUCGGCUUUGUUUGAGGAAUCAUCUUGUUAAAUUUGAGGUUAUAAAUGUGUCUAAAACUGACUGUAUUUUGAAAUGAAACCGAUGAUGGAUGAAUGUGAACCGACCGAAUGUGAUUGAUCGGCGUUGCACAGGUCACUCUGUACGAGCAAAACAAAAGCUGUUCAUGUUGUUUACACUCAAAUAUUCGCACUCAUACAGGAAGAUAAAGACCUUUGUGUCUUUAAUAAACUGAAGCAUGUCCACAUUUGUGUCAAAUAUCUUCUUUUCUCCUUGUUUUGGUUGCGAUUUCUGCUCCGGUUCCUCGGUUAAAAGCUUUCUUUUAAAGGGUUAAUGUGUGUUGUUGUUUUGUGACUUUGAGACUGAGAUUUCCUCUCUGAUGAAAACGUCUGCGGUGUCCAACCUGCUUCAAACUGUCGUCAUAUUAAGUUGUUUUAGAUCAGUUGCAGAACGAGGAUGGGUCGCACCGGCUGGUCUUUACUAAUCCUGGUCCUAACGGAGUCAGUCUUUCUUAAGAUCAGUCUGUAGAAUGAACUUUGUCGGUUGCAACAACCAAACUUAAACCUUGUCUUAACUACACCGGUAUUAGCGACUACGGCUAUUGCUUAGCAGCGUGUGUUGCUUUGUUGAUAAUUUGCACCAAAUCAUUUGUAAUUUGCAGCAACGUUAUCAUGGAGGAUCAAAGAAAAGACAAUUUCUCACACAUUGAGAUAAUAAAAUGAAUAAGAAUAAGUUGAAUACGUUUUUUUUUUUUUAAAUAAAUCACACCAAAUUACGACCGACUUAAGACCAGAUGUAAACCCUGUUGGUGCAACCGACCCUGGAUGUUUUUUCGAGGUUUGAGCGUCUGUUGUUUCCUAGAGAGUAAAAAUCUCCGUCUGAAAGCGUUCACUGUGUUGUUGUCGGGUGGAAGCCAUGAGUGUGAACCUGCAGCUGUGGAUUAAAAUGUGAUUGAAUGCCUUUA